GCGGUCAGACCUUUCUUCGCGUAGACGUCGAACAGGCAUUGACAUGUCCUCGACGUUCUUCCUCUUUCCAACUCAAUGCAUUUCCAUCUGCGUACUCCGGCACGCUCCUCGGUGAAACAAUCUUCGCCAGCUUUCAGGUUCGAGAUUAUUCGAAGUCUCCGGCUCAUGAUGCAACAGCUGUGGACUCCUACAUAGUUCCUACCUGGGACGGAAAAACAGUCCUGCCGCCGAACGGCGACUUUCAGCCUUGACCAGGAGUUAAGGUAGGUCCGGCACUGUCGUGAUAAGGACGUAGGUAUGUCGAGGGAUCCGGUCGAGAAAGUAUAUAUGGUCGCGCUCCGGUGCUCUCGAUGUGAAACGCAACCUGCAUCGUCUACUGUUGGAGGUCUACCACAGCAAUGGCAUCGACUGGAAAGUAUAUUCUCCUCCGGGAAGGCACUGUUCUCACUCACUCCACCGAUGACCAUGUCAUUCCGCUGUACGACACUGAUAUUCUCGUCCACGAUGAUACCAUCGUCAACAUCGGCAGAGCUAUCGAUGCACCCGACGCGCAUACGGAAGUCAUCGAGUGUCGUGGCAAGAUUGUCUCGCCAGGCUUUGUUGAUACCCAUCAUCACAUCUGGCAGACUCAAUUGAAAGGGAGACAUGCCGACCAGGGACUAGUAGCUUAUAUGGUGUCUGGCAAUAUCAUGUCCUUUGUGUUCAAGCCCGAGGACGCAUACUGGGGUCAACUGUCAGGCUGUCUUGAGGCGAUCAAUGCCGGAACGACUCUAGUCAUGGACCACGCCCAUAUAGCAUAUACCCCGGAACAUGCCAGUGCCGCGUUAUCGGCCACCUUGGCUUCUGGCAUCCGGUCAAUCCUGGCUUACACCAACCCUCUACGUAUGAGCCAGUGGGACCAGUCAUGCUGUGUGCCGGAUCAAGAUCUUCUUCCUCAAUGGGCUAUGUCGCAGCUGCGCGACUGGGUGGGGAAAUAUAACCAUAACAAUGGUGGCAGUCAGUCCAGCGACAAGGUAGCGCCAACGGUCGAAGUGGGCAUGGGAUUCGACCUGUGGUUCUUACCGAAAGAUGUGGUGUUGCCCAUGUUGACAGAGCUGGGGGAGAAGGGUCUCCGAGUUCUCACAACACAUGUGGGCUGCAAUGCAUUCCAAGGUCUUCAAUCGCCCAUUCCCAUGUUCUCAUCAUAUGGCCUUCUUCAGCAUCCACACCCACCGUCCAACGAGACGACGGCACUCCCAUUCCUCCUUCUCUCGCAUUGUAGCGGCAUACCGGAGGAUGACCUUGCCCUUCUUGCGUCAACUGGCACGCCAAUCUCCAGCACACCAGAUACUGAAUCGCACAUGGGCAUGGGCUAUCCUGUCUCUCUGCAUUCGUCGCUGCGAGAUAGCAAGACUGCAAACGUCUCCAUUGGCGUAGACUUGCAUACCAACAACCCGGCCAGCAUCCCUCUUCAGGCGCGUGCACUACUGCAACUCACCCGCCUGGAGCACAACUCUUGCCUCCUCGCCAAAGACACGUUUCCUGCCUGGGACGUGAGGAGUUCGUCGGAAGAGGUGUUCAAUCUCGCUACGAUCCGUGGUGCAAGAUGUCUUGGCCUGGAAGGCCAGGUCGGAAGCAUAGCGGAGGGAAAGAAGGCAGAUCUCGUGGUUUUCGAUGCGAAGGGGAGCGUCGGCAUGCUCGCCGCUGCGGAGCAUGAUCCUGUUACAGCCAUUAUCAGAUUCAGCGAGAGUGCAGAUAUCGAGACCGUCCUCAUCAACGGCGACGUACGGAAGCGAAAUGGCAAGCUUGUCGAUGUGGCUGUCAGCCGUGAUGGUAUUGUUGGGAAGGAUGUCGGGGGAGAAACGCAUGCCAUGAAGUGGUCGGAUGUCGCAGAGGAGGUCCGGAGGAGCCAGAGAGACAUUCAAGCAAGAAUUGAUGGACUCAGCCUCGAUCAAGGAAGGAAGACUCUUCUGGGGUUGUUCCAUGUCGAUCAGGGAAACCUGGUUGACGCCUUGUGAAGCGUCAUAUAUGAGAAACCGGUUCUGCAACCUCAAUACAAGAUACCGGACAUCACACUUCCAGCAAACCUCCACCGCCUUCCUCUCGAGUAUCUCUUGGCGAGGCUUCAUUCACCGCAUUGCGCGUGACAUAGCCAGCCACUGACCUAUUGAGAAAUACUGAGGGUGAUAUUUUAUAUUUUCGAACUACUGGUCAACAAUCUCCCUUCCAGUAUCCGACCUCUUAUUCUCCUCUACUAUGUUACUGAGUUAAAGUCGGAGAGACGAGU